AUGUGUCUGGAUGGCCUUCAAGAAGCAAUAUUAUCAGAAAAGUCUCAUACUGCUACUUUACAACUGUAUCUUGAAAACCAACCUUCGUGUUCUACAAUCCCUAAGAUUUUUGAAGUUUACUCAUUCUUCUCAUUCCACCUGAUCGCACAAUGGACUCUCAAAUCCCACAACCACAUCAACGUUUUCCUCAACAACCGUUCCAACAAACGCCUCAACCUCAUCAGCAUCUCACACCUUCUCGACCUUUGGAGCCAAUGCAUCCAGCUCGUCCUCCUUUUCAGGCAAUCGAUUCAGCACAUCAAGAUCCUUUGCAUCAAAGGUUUAAUUCUAUGCUUCAACCACAUCAAACAUUUCAACCUCAAGGACCUCAUCAAAGUUAUCAAGCUCAAGCUCAAGCUCAUCAAGACUAUCAAUCUCAUCAAUCUCAUCAAUCUCAUCAAUCUCAUCAAUCUCAUCAAUCUCAUCAAUCUCAUCAAUCUCAUCAAUCUCAUCAAUCUCAUCGAGGUUAUGAAGCUCAAGCUCAUCAACAACAUCAAGCUCAAGUCCAUCAACAUCAUCAAACUCUUGACCCGAAUCAAGAUCUCUCUCAGUGUUUUGAACAUGAUUAUAAUGAUCGAGCCACAAUCUCGAAAUGUGCACAACUCCUCCUCGAUGAACACAAUUUCAACAUUCUCUCAACAUCCACCUUCUCAUACUUCUGUUCGUUCUGUUCGUUCUGUUCCUGCCGUUCCAGACUCGCAAACAACCAAAUCAACAUCCAAGAAGACAGGUGUUGAUGCUGCCAAGGACUCGACUUUAUCAACUCGGAACGUUCUCAACGGGUUUUUACCAAACACAGCCUACAAUCAUGGACUUGACCUUCAAAAUCAAGGUCUCAGCGCCGAAGAAUUAAUGGAACAAAAGUCUCUAGAUCAGCUUCGAGUUUCCGCCAACCAAGUUGGCAAAAGGACAUUAUCAGGGGAUGAUGAAAUACACUUUCGGAAACUCCACGAGCAAAUGACCAAAGCUUUAGCAAUUAACUGUAUUGGUAGAGGAGUCAAAAUGUCAGCUGUUGAAACAUACCUAGGUCACAAGCUGUCCUUCCGAGACCCCAAUCGUUGGCAUGGCUUCACUCAAACACCCGAAAACCGAGCGGUUUACCGAGAGCAUGGGGGUGUUAAAAGUGGUGUAGCUGUCAAGAUCCUCAAGUCCGAAUAUGAUAAACUCACAGAAGAAGAGAAGGAUCAAUACAAACCCAAAUCAAAGCUCAAAGUCAUCAUUGAGCGAGGCGAGGAAGAGCAAGCUAUCGACGAAGACGGUGGGGAUUCCGCCCAACCAGGUGAUGGUGAUCACUCAGCCAUCCCAAUGCGCAAAAAGUCUCGAUCUUUUGUCGAGGAUCAGGACGUAGUCACUAAGUGGUUGAAAAAUGUCAAUUCAACUAUGCAUCGGCUGGCUAAUACUUAUCAUCUUGAGGGAUUUAUCAUGCUAGUGUCAACACACGUCGCUCAUGGUUCCCUUCAACUGAUCCGAGCGACUCCGGGGGCUCUGAGAUGGCACGAUGCGACCAAACGUGUGAAUCCGCGAGAUAACUGUGUUACCAAUCUUCAAUCAUAUAUCCUUGGACGGAAAGUGGGACUUGUAACUGACGCUUCAUUAGAAAAAGAUAAAUCCUACAAAACACAAGCCAGAGAACUGCUAGCAAAUAGGCUUAGCGAGAUUUCAAAUGAAAAACAUACAAAAUGGCCCAGGAAAAAUUGUGUAGAAACCCUCAGCGGUUGGGGCUAUGAAGUCACCCUUCUGCCAGGUGCUUGUUCUCAAAUCGAGUGGACAACUUCUCAAAAGGGAAGUAAUGCACUCACCAACCCACAGGCGCGAAUGAUCCUAAAGGACUUGCGUAUGGAUUUGAUCCAGCUCAGUCGACUCCCUAACUCGUCGGUAUCAACAGACUCGACCCCGUUGGCUAGAAAACGACUUCGUUCUUCUUCUGAUGUAGAAGAUGAAGAAGAAGAAUAAUCAUAAUAAUGACAAUACAAAGAGAAAGAUUUCAUUUGAAGAACCGCUUAAUUUUGUUCUUUUCUUUUAUCUCUCAUGUUAUCUCUUUUCUUUUGAAGAACUGUUUCUUUCUAUUCGUUUCUUUUAUAUCUUGUGUUAUCUCUUUCAUGUUCUCUUCUCCUUUCAAUGGGUCAAAGUGCUGUUUUUUAGGUCAUGCUGAUCUUUUAGCUCGCACUUUUUUUUUUUUUUUCAUCGGCCCAAUUUACUUACUUCUUUUCUUUUCUGCUCAUUUGUUUCCUCUUUUUCUGUUCAUGCUGACUCGCGAGCAAUGUCAAUAAUCGAUUGGUCUCUACU